AUGUCUGCAACAGCGACAACGGCAGCAACUGAAUAUGCACUGGAGGAUCUCCGGUCCAGUGCUCUCGACGGCCAGAGCCGGUGGUCCACUCUGCGCCAAACCCGGGCUGGCCGACUAGAAGAUACGGCGAGGCUGACCGACCCCGACCCAGCACUCGAAGCGUCGCGCCUGGCCGACAGCACCGUUCCCGACGGCGGCUACGGCUGGGUCAUUGUCAUGGCCUGCGCAGUCGUGGCCUUCUGGAACAUCGGCAUCAGCUACUGCUGGGGCGUGUACCAAGGCGCCUUGGUGGAACGGGGCGUCGGGUCGCCACUGGUCCUCUCCUUCUGCGGCUCGCUGUCGCCGGCGCUGAUGUCGGUCGUCGCCCUGUUCGCUGCAUGGGCCAUGCGGUCGCUGGGAACGAGGAAGAUGGCGCUCGCAGGCGUCGUAAUGAAUUCAAUGUCUCAGAUCGGCGCCGGCUUCGUUGCUGACAGCGCCGUCGGCCUCUUCUUCCUGCCGGGCAUUCUGCUCGGCAUAGGCAUGAGUGCGGGCUUCAUGGCCAUCUCGCUAGCGCCAGCGCAGUACUUCAAGAGGAAGCGCGGCCUGGCCAACGGCAUUGUGUACGCGGGCGGCGGUCUCGGUGGCGCCGUCAUGAGCAUUGCCUCCAAUGCCAUGAUUGAGCAGUACGGGGUCAAAUGGGCGUUCCGCAUCACCGGUAUCGCGCUCGCCGUCACGGGUCUUCCGGCCGCAUGGCUCAUUGUUGAGCGGACCCCUAUUCAGGCCACCGGACUCGUCGACUGGACGCUCUUCCGGCAGCCCAACUUCGGCAUCCUGUUCUUGGUGGGCUUGGUGGGCGUGUUCCCCUUAUUCGUGCCUCCCUUCUUCAUCCCCCUCUACGGACGGUCCAUGGGCCUGAGCAGCUCGACAGGUGCCGCGGUCCUGGCGGGCUUCAACUUCUCGUCGGCCAUCGGGCGCAUCCUCAGCGGCUACCUAUGCGACAUUCUAGGGUCACUCAACACGCUCUCGAUGUUCCUCGUCAUUAACGCGCUGAGCAUGAUCGCGCUGUGGCCGGCAUCCACCAGCCUUGCGCCACUGGUGGUGUUUGCCAUUAUCAACGGACUCACGAAUGGCGGUGUGUUUGCAACGAUGCCGACGGUAGUGGGCAACGUAUUUGGGUCUGCUCGCGUGUCUACGGCCAUGGGCAUGAUCGUCACGGGAUGGGUGUUUGGAUAUCUUUUUGGCGCACCCAUUGCUGGCUCCUUACUCGAAGCAUACGGUGGUACAGAGGUCGGCUUGCACGCGUACAGACCAGCCAUGUUCUAUGCGGGCUCGGUGACUCUGAUAGCAACGGCUUUGGCAGCACUGAUGCGGGCGAGAAUCAACAAGAAGCCGCUGGCCAAAGUGUGA